CCCGCCCGCGCGUCCCCUCACACCGCUUGACAGAGACGGGAAGGGUACGCGCGCUCUCUCUCUCUCUGCUUCAGCUGACGGAGCCCCGCUGGCCGCGCGCGCCCGAGUGACGGUUGGCUGCCCCCCGCUCCUUCCUUCUUUCCUUCCUUCCGUCCGUCUCGUGCCUGCCUGCCUUACUCCCUCCCUCCUUCUCUCCACCCCGAAAAACAAACAAACAAAAAGACAACAGGAAGCGAAGCGGCGUGACCCCGGAUGUGGACUGGUUCCUUUCAGACGCGAGAGAGACAGACUCGCAACCGGAGGAAAACCCUAAACAAGACGGGAGCACUUCAUGCGCAUGCGCUAAGCUGGAGGGGACGAAGAGGGUAGUUUCAGCACAUGCGCACAACGUUAAAAUGAGGCUGCGGCAGGAGCGGGCGGAAAUUUCGCCGGCAGCUGCUGAUUGAAUGUAGUCGCCGCGGGAUCUUGCGCGGAGAAGUACUUGAGGGGAAAUCGCUCUUUUGCGGGGUAUCGGUCCUGGCCUGGUUAUGAGCUGGUGGCAGGCAGAAAUUCAGCAGGAGGGAGUGCCCCAUCUGUUGCGUAUUGGCCUGCCACGCACCUGCUGGAAGCACAGAAAUCCUGCUGGUGUGGAUGGGAGUGGUAACCCGUGUUCAGAUCCAUUUGAUUUCUGCCUUCCAAAGAAGCAUGCCAGAAGGUCGCUUGGCCAAUGAUUCUCCUGCAGCAAGCCGGACCUCCUCUUCCUCCUCCACCCGCUCCUCCUGAGAAGUUGCCAUCGCUUCCUAUGUCAGUGGCCACCAGGCCGACAGCCAACUUGCUACUGCCCCCGCAGAAACCCCUCGGCCUGGGGUCAUCUUUGCCGCUCGCUCAGGAUGAGGAACUUGCUACGGCCGUGGAACAGGACCCGGUCCUGGAGGAACUAUGCAAACCUUUGUGCUGCAGGCUUUGUAACGUCACCUUGAAUUCAGCCCAGCAAGCGCAGGCUCAUUACCAGGGUAAGAACCAUAGCAAGAAACUUCGAAAUUACUAUGCUGCCAAUAGUUGUCCGGCUCCUGCCAGAAUGAGUAAUUCACUUGAGCCAGCUGCACAUCCAGUGGCUUCCCUUCCACCCCAGGGGGCCUCCUCCAAGCCGGGUGGCCGUGUGAUCCUGGCCACCGAAAAUGACUACUGUAAACUGUGCGAUGCUUCGUUCAGCUCCCCGGCCGUGGCCCAGGCUCACUACCAAGGGAAGAAUCACGCCAAGAGGUUGCGCCUGGCCGAAGCUCAGAACAGUCCAUUCUCGGAUUCGUCGGAAGGGAGCAAACGGAGGGCCAGGAAGGAAGGGAACGAUUAUAAGAUGAUGCAGAACAGAAGGAACGUCCACGCUGUCCAGAAUAACACAGGCCCGUAUUUCAACCCGCGCUCCCGUCAGCAGAUCCCACGCGACCUUGCCAUGUGCGUCACCCCCAGCGGCCAGUUCUACUGCUCCAUGUGCAACGCCGGCGCUAGCGAGGAGGUGGAGUUCCGGCAGCACUUGGAGAGCAAACAGCACAAGAGCAAAGUGUCCGAGCAGCGGUACAAGAACGAGAUGGAGAACCUGGGCUAUGUACAAUGAGACGCGAUUCCUGCUCGCCGCUCCCCGUCACUUCCCCCAUGAUACGGGAGCCACCUUCUCGCCGCCUUCUGCUUGCCCCACGUGCCCUGCUUUUGUGCUCUGCGCUUUACAGGCCUCUUCUCCGGCUUGCUCCGUGUUUCUAACCGCCUUCAAACCUAAUGGUGAAGUCAGGGGUCCAAGGUUUUUCGUCCCGCUCGCACUCGGCAGGAGUAUGUGCCACAGGCUGCUGGGUGUUCUUGUCGUGUUUGUUCCUUAGCAAAGGCUCUUCGCUGCAUUCAGGGAGGGGGAGGCACUGCUGCCGUCUUUCCCCCUGCCUGCACUCCCCUUUGCAUGAGUGCACUCAGCCUGAGAUACACCAGAAUCGCUGAGAGUCAGGGCACUUUGCACCCUCUUUUUGCGCGGCAUACGUCCACCAUUCGGCGGUAGCCGCAGCACAGGAAGGUUGCUGAGAGGGGAGCAGAGUACACUAAAAGUCCCGCCGAAGAGCCCGCAGCUUGGGCACAGAGCCCAUUCUUUGCAGACUAGUUCAGUUCUCCACAACUCCACUUAAACCUUUCCUGAAGCACCUCUGCCCGAGAGCGUGGUGGGCUGCUGCUAAUUAGGGUCGGCUCUGUCGGACCAGGUGGGCCCCCAAGUCACUUGGCUUUAGGAUUGCAAAGAUCCUUUUCGCUAAGGUUGGAGAGAGAAAUUAGGUACUGUGUUGGGAUGAAUGCUUAAAAUGGGGGACUGACUUAAGAGCUGAGAGCUGAGUGUUGUCUUUGAACUGUCAAUUCCGUGGCCUUCCCUCUACACGAACCGUUGAUCUGCCCUCCCAGAUGUUUGAAGUGGUCUUUAAAAAUAGCAGAGAAGCUUCAAGCAUUUCUGUAUUUUUUUUUCAAAAGUUGGCGGGGGGGGACUACUACUACAGAGCUCAAAUCAGGUAAUGAAAAUUAAAGUGCUUUCUAGUGAAUUUUAGGAGCUCUACUUGCAGAAUUGUGGGGUUUUGAGUGCAGAUUAUGGGGUUUGUGGAAAGGUGACUGCAGUCCUUUCCAUAUCAUUCAUUUAAACAGGCUCUAGUGGAUGUCAGAAAGAUGAUCUCUGCCUGGAGAAUUUCUGGGAUAACAUUUCCUUCUUCCACCAUGAUGUCUUCUGAUGAUCUUCUUUUUUUGCCCUUUCAUUUCCUGCAAGAGUGGAUGCCGUUCUUUAGCCUGGUUCAUGCAGGCUAAAGAAGUAGGCAGUGGAAUGAACUUCUGUAUUUCGCAGUGCAGGUGGGAGAAAUGUGGACGGUCAGUGGCUCAGUGGAAGAGAAUCAGCUUUGCAAGCAAAAGCUCAUAGGUUCAAUCCCUGGCUUCUCAAAUUCAAAGGCCACUAACCUGGAUAGCUUUAAAAGGGGCUUGGACAGAUUUAUGGAAGAGAAGUCGAUCUAUGGCUACCAAUCUUGAUCCUCC